AUGAAUAUUCUUAGACAAUCAAUACGGAGACCAUUCCCAAGACCAUCCUUAACAAACCUCAUCAAACCAAGAUUUUAUUCACCAUUACCUCGUUCUUCAAGAUCUUCAGGAUAUAGAGGAGGUCGUUUCCCUGAACAACAAACUGUUGAAGAUAUAGGCACUGAACCUGAUGUGAACAGAUAUAGCUUUGAUUCAUAUUCAGGGACAGUACCUAACCCAGGAGGAUUGUUAAGAGAGACUGACGGGAUAUCCAAAAUUUUAACAGAACCCACUAUUGUAAUUGAACGUUUUGAACAAGCAAAUCAAUACGUUAUAAUGGAUGCAUUAGGUAACAAGAUUGGAUACAUGUCUGAACGAGAUUUUGGUAUUGGGAAAAUGAUUAUGAGACAAAUUACAAGAUUACAUCGUCCUUUUAUUGUUGAUGUUUUCGAUAAUUUUGGUAAUCCUGUAUUAACAAUUAAAAGACCAUUUUCAUUCAUAAAUUCUCAUAUUAAAGCCAUAUUACCAGGUUUUGAAAUUGAAGAUGAUGGUAUAAUUGGGGAAAGUGUACAAAGUUGGCAUUUAUGGAGAAGAAGAUAUAAUUUAUUUAAAGCUCAUUCAAAUAAUGAAUAUGAUCAAUUUGGUGCUAUUGAUUCCGGGUUUUUAGCAUUUGAUUUCCCAGUUAGAGAUGAAAAUGGUCGUGUUAUUGGUGCUGUUGAUAGAAAUUGGGUUGGUUUAGGUAGAGAAUUAUUUACAGAUACUGGUGUUUAUAUAGUUAGAAUGGAUCCUCAAUCAUUUGCAGGAAUGGGUGAAUUAUAUCCAGAAGUUUCAGGACCAUUAACUUUAGAUCAAAGAGCUAUAUUGUUAGCUAAUGCUGUUAGUGUUGAUUUUGAUUAUUUUUCAAGACAUUCAAAUAGAGGUGGAUUAUUUAGUUUUGGUGAUUAUGAAUAA